AUCAUGCUGUAUUAGAUGAAACCACCGAAAAAGAAGUGCUCCAUCUCAUUGCAGAGCCUUUGUUAUCGGGGGAGUCUUCUCUCUAUCAUCUCCCGUCUCCUCGCCCUAGAUUUCCUCAAGCUCUUCUCUUCUCGUCUACCUAAUCAGCCUAAGUUCUUCUUCUCCAAAAUGGCCAACGCGGCAUCAGGGAUCGCUGUACAUGAUGAAUGUAAGCUAAAGUUUUUGGAAUUGAAGGCCAAAAGAACUUAUCGCUUCAUAGUGUUCAAGAUAGAGGAGAAGCAAAAGCAGGUUGUGGUGGAAAAAGUCGGGGAGCCCGCCGAAAGUUAUGAGGAUUUCACUGCAAGCCUUCCUGCUGAUGAGUGCCGAUAUGCAGUCUAUGAUUUUGACUUUGUAACAGCAGAGAACUGCCAGAAGAGCAGGAUUUUCUUCAUUGCCUGGUCUCCUGAUACAUCUAGGGUGAGAAGUAAAAUGAUUUAUGCAAGUUCCAAGGACAGAUUCAAGAGAGAGCUAGACGGUAUUCAGGUGGAAUUGCAGGCAACUGAUCCUACUGAGAUGGGUCUUGAUGUUAUCAAAAACCGCGUCAGCUAAGUAUGCAUAGUAGACCUUGACAUGGAGAUUUUCUCCAUACAGUCUGCUUUGCUCAGUUGAAAUGUUUAUAGUUUGUGAGGCGGUGAAUUUGGCUAGAUGUGAUAUCUACUUGUUCUUCGAGAUUUACCGUUCAGUUCAUGUUUUUAAGAACAACAUAAAUGAUUUCGAGUAUAUCUUGUGAUCUGUUAUUGUGGAACCUAUAGAACAAGUGUCACCUUGUAGUCCGAUGUCUACAAGCUAAUGCUAUGUAACAGUUUGUUGGGGUAGACAACACAUUUUGUUUUCACAACUUUGGGAUGGAUGCUUGACCCUUGUUAUCUUUGUUGGGAUUGUAGAAAAGGCAAGCCUACCAUGCCUUUCUGAACACUGUUUUGGUUGCCUCUAUUACAUAGAUAAUCAUAUAUUUAUUCUUAUAAUCAUUUCAC